CCAGUUGAGUUUGGAACGAUGACUGAAUUUCGAGUGCCGUUGACAGUUAAAAUUCUAACACAUGACCAAUUGAUUGGUAGGCUGAUAGGUCGCGGAGGUUCAAACCUGGCUGAGAUCAAGAAAAGCACGGAGACGAGGAUAACCAUUCCAAAUAGUGCUCCUGGAAGUGGUUGUAAUGGAAGUGGAUUCCACUGCGAAUCCAACGAAGGAGCAACGGAAAUGGAGAGAAUCAUCACAAUAGACGGGGAGAGAAGUAAGACAACUCAGGCAGCUAGAGCCAUGCUAAUCAAGCUCAGGGCAUCCUACGAUCGAGACGUCGAUCAUAUCAUGAAGCAACAAGCCAACAUGCAGUCUCUUUACCCCACAAAUGGAUGGUCCCAUUUCGGGAACCCUUUCAUGGGUGCGGCGCCUCCACCAUCCUACGCGCAUCAGUUCCUGACGUCGCAGGCUGCAGUAGCACCCACUGAUCCCUUCACUCUUGCCCGUCUGGGGGCGGCUCUACCCUCGACCUAUCAGACUAUUCCGUCGAUGUUGGGUGGACAUGGUGGUGCACAGUUCAUGCCUCAAUCACAAGUGAAUGCGUCGUUUGGCACUGGCCACCUCAAUGUGCCACCUCUGCCUGUUCCUCCAAUUUUCUUCGAGCAGAUGCAGGGACAAGAGCCAGUGAUGGUCCAGGAAACGACCUACAUGUAUAUUCACCAUGGUGCGGUUGGUGCUAUCAUUGGCAACAGGGGAGCGAACAUCCACAUGAUUAAACAGCUGUCCCAGGCACAAGUCACAGUGGACACGCAAAGUGAUCAUCAGAGUGCACAGAAGAAAAUCCGAAGCAUAGUGCAAAAGGGCAAAGCCAGUCCAGGACUCAGUGGAUUUUUGCCAGGCUUCGGUGACCCUCAUGUGAACGCUUUUCCGAACAUGGGCACGCCUGUUACGCCUAAAUCGCCUGCCACAAUUGCCGCCUCAGGGUCAUUUAUUAACGCAGCAGUAAAAAUGGCCGGGGGUAUGUCGUUGGGCGCCUCGGCUGCUCCAGGAGCCCCGACAAUGUCCGCUGCCUCAGCUCAACAACUCGUAGCAACUUUAAACAACUGCGUCGCUGCUAAUUCAAAUGCUUCAUUAUCUAAUCACGCGAACACAAUUGCCUCGCCAGUGAUCAAUGUCUCUGCUGCGUUUGGACAAUUUUGACGUAAUUACGUUCAAUGUAAUGUCAAAAUGCAUGGUGCUUCAAAAACUUGAAAACCGCUUUACUACUUUUGACGUACGACACUAAACGCCUUAAACUUGAACAUAUCGUUCGAAAGAUAUGAAACUAAAUUUCAUCUCUCGUGGUACUAUGUUUUGUUUUUCGUUCAGUAUGUAUUUAACUUUCGAUUUAGUGUGGCCGGAGCCAGUCAUGUUUCGAUAUCUUAUUAAAUUUUUAUAUUUAUACCAUUUUCAUGCUUGUCUGCAAAUUGUGUGCCUAGUGAUUUGCUUUCAGUUUUUGCAGAUUAUUUUUCACGAAAACGCUAUUCAGCAUUUUCUCUAAGUUUAUAUUUGAUCAGAAACAUUUCUCCAUUUCAGUGACUCAAUAGCUUCGUUUUGUAGAAUUUUGAUACGAAAAGUUCUGAAAAUUGAUUUAGCCAGUUUCAGCGAAUGCUUAUUUUGAAAGAA